AUGGCAUAUCUACAGGACUCCAGCUACGGCAAGGACAACGUCAAGUUUCUCAAGGUCAAGAAGGACAAGUACAACCCGCAGAAGCAGGAGGUGCUUGAGGCGACGGUGAGAGUGCUUCUCAGAGGCAACUUCGACGUGUCGUACACCAAGGCCGACAACUCGCCGAUCGUGCCUACAGACACAGUGAAGAACACGGUGUUGGUGGAGGCCAGAAAGACAGACGUGUGGCCCAUCGAGCGGUUCGCCGCCCACCUCGCGGAGCACUUUGUCGGCAAGUACGCCCACGUGUCGGGCGUCGACGUGCACGUCAUCCAGCACAAGUGGACGAAGUACGAGGUGAACGGCAAGCUGCACGACCACUCGUUCAAGAAGGACGGCGAGGACGUGAAGACCACCAGCCUCUCGUACAACCGCGGCGGCGACUUCCAGCUCUCGUCCACCCUCAAGGACCUCACCGUCUUGAAGUCCACCGGCUCCGGCUUCGUGGGCUACAACAAGUGCGACUACACCACCUUGGCCCCAACCACCGACAGAAUCUUGUCCACCGACAUCGACUGCACCUGGAACUUCGACAGCAAGAAGAUCGGCUCCAUCAAGAACGUCUACAAGCUUGCCGACCAGGGCCUCUUUGACCAGACAAUGGCCAAGGUGCUCAAGAUCACCCUCGACCGGUUUGCCCUCGAAAACUCCCCCUCCGUCCAGGCCACCAUGUACAACAUGUCCGCCGACAUCUUGGACGAGUGUCCCUACGUCUACAACGUCUCCUACUCCUUGCCAAACAAGCAUUACAUUUUGUUCGACUUGUCCUGGAAGGGCCUCGACAACGACAACGUCUUGUUCUACCCCGCUCCUAACCCAAACGGCUUGAUCAAGUCCACCGUCGGCAGAGACAUCAAGGCCAAGUUAUAG